AUGGUUAAUGGAAUGAACGUCUACACCAAUCAACUAUGUGCUGGAGACCAGUUAUCAGUUGAAAGGGCAGUUUAUUCUAUCCAUUCUGUAUCAAAUGGUUAUACGCCAGAAGACCGAUUGGAGGGCUUCAGAAUGCAGCUGGGUGUUUGGCACACAGGAGUCAAAAUUCUUGAGGUAAGCCAGUAUCCAGUCCUUAGUAUAUUGUGUUAUAUAUGUGUAUAUAGUGACAUUGUUGCUCCUCCAUGCCAGAAGAGAAGUUUUAUUUUAUCCCAGCAAAUGGGAAAAUUCAUCAGAGAUUUAGCUUUACAAUUUGGUGAACAAUUUCUCGAUUGUGAAAAAGAUUAAUAAAUAUGUCCAGAAUGCCAAAAAUGGCAAGUUAAAUCAGCCAUCAGUGAAAUUUCAAAAUUGCCAGGGGAGAAUGUCCCCAGACGCCUCAGAGGUAUGUGUUGUUUACUUUGAAAUCCCUGCAUAAUGUGGCAGAGGACUUUUGAUUAUUCUAAUAACUGUACAGUACUGGGAUAUUUAGUACAGCAUGUAUUCUUUUGAAAAUUAAGUGGUUGCAUGGUAUGAAUUGAUUGUAAAGUAUAUACAGGUAUAUACGAUUGGAAGGAGACUAAAACAGGAACAUUGUGAAAAGUGCAACUUACUCCAGCUCCACAAACUUGCAUCCUGCAAUUCUAUUGCAGUGGUUUCACAACUAAGGGAAAUGCACAAAAUAUCACAUGACAGACUGUGAAAUAAGGGGGAAACACAAAAAAAUAAUUAAUUUAUCAUUUUUCUUUUCCCUGCCCAUAAUGUAUUCUGUUUAACCCAUUUUGUUGAAGCACUCUCUAGAGUAAAAUACUAAAUCAGGGUCCAUUGCCACUUAAGGUGGCUCCCUACAGUUAGUACAAUUUAAAUACUAUUUAUAUAGAUCAGACUUCAUCCUCGCGACCUGCGCGUGGAAUCGUCGUGUUUACAGUUCGGCAAAAAUAUUGAAACAAGCCGCGGGAAGUUUUUUGGCGUUUUUAUCUGCAAAGAAAGCUCCAGUUUUUCAUUAUAAUCCUAAUUUUUUUGUGAAUUCGAACAGUACGUAUGUUAUUAACUAAUUUAACCAAUCUUUUAGUGUGUUUUUACGUAUUUACGUUCAGUAUUGUCUUUCAUAUUGCUCAAAAUUUUCAACUUCUUGUGUUGCGAACUGUCAAACUGAAAUGAUAAUGUCUUCUAUAACUCUUGAACAGUAGUGAACUGUCGCCGAAACUUAUGUAAGUUCUGUCAAUCAAUUCAAUUUACAGGUAUCGUUUUAUCUGCUAAAUCAAAUAGAACAGUUAUGAGUUGUUUUAUAUGAAAAGUUAAACUUGUAGUUCGAUGUUUUGAAAAGUUUUCACACUGAUUUUAACAACAAAAACAAAUGUAAACUAACACUGGAUUUAAUACAAUGCGUAUAAUAGUGUUUUUUUAUUAGUAUUUUCAAGAUUAAUAUUUCAUUUUCAUGUCAAACAAGUCAGAAAUAUCUGUUUUCUUGUAUUGUAAGCCAAAAAGUUGAAAUCACUAUAAAUCACACGCUACAAUUUACACGCAUGCGCAGAUCGUGCUCAUGUCGAGUCGAUUUUUUUUCAUGUUGGCCACGCCGAUUUUAGCAAUGAUUUUCUCGUGUUUUCUUCGGUGAAUUUUCGAAUUUUCUUAAACUUUGUAUUUUUGUUAUACAAGACGAGUGGUACAACAUAUCCAAAUUUUAAGAAAUUCUACAAAUAACUUUUUCUGUAACCGUCAUUCACGAAUAUCUCGAAAACUUAUUUGUAAAUUCCCUUCAAAUUUUGAUAUGUUUCUCCUUUAUGGACCAUAAAUCUUCAAAAAAAAUUUCAGAAAAAUUCACCGAAGGAAAAUAUAGAUAUUGUCAAUUUAUUGUGAAAUUAGACAAUAAAAGUGCAAAAGACUAAACAUCAUGGUUGCCAUGGCAACACGAACUCUGUUUUAAUUUGUUCAUAAAUGGACAGCACACAGCUUCUGAACUUUCCUGGAAAUGAUCAUAUUGCCUUGUCUUAAGUGUAUCUAAUAUAAAUUCGGUUCAAAGCGAACUUUAUUCAAAAUACCUAGAAUUUUAGAGAACUGUAGGGAGCCACCUUAAAGGGUUGACCAAUGGAAUGGUGAUGAUGAGUCUAUUGUUAAACCAUUGAGUGGCAACACUCUAAUCGACCUCCUGACAAAUAAAGUCUUCUGGCAUUAGACAGGGUAAAAUAACAAAGUAGGGCACAUAUGGGUGCAUUGCCAAUUAAAGGGUUAAACAUUUUAUAUGGUGUACAUUAUUCAUACAUGACAAACUUUAAUUUAAGUUAUAAAAUUAACAUUAAGUUAUAAAAUUGCUUCUUAUUGAUUUACUUAUUUAUUCUACAGUUAUUAUUCCGUCGUUGUUACUAUGCAAGUUCCUCUGAUGAUGAAUGUUCUAUCAUGUAUGACAGGAAUGUGAUCAAUCGGCGAAAUGUAAUAGAAGAUCCUCAUCAAGCAUACAGGGCGGAUAAAGAUUUUCUAGUUCUCGAAGUAACGGCACGUGUAAUAUUUGCUGCUUAUCAAGUGCUUGGUUUAAGUGAAUCAACAAGUCAACCCAAACAUUUCCCAAACAUUUUCCCAGUUUCUUCACAAGGCAGCUGCAAAGAUUGUUGA